CGGCUCGAUUACUUUCCCUCCCCAUGGAAAGAACAGGAAGCAAUAGCGACGUCAUUGAACAUGGCGGAAAGGAAACAUAUCUCUAAAGACCAGACCGAAGAUGAAGGACCGGGGAAGGGAGGCAUUGUGAAAACUAAGACUGUCUCUUCCAGCGUGGCGGCUGUGGGGGUACAAGGACACUCUGGGAAGCGGUCGGCCCAGGAUGGCCCUCCUGUGGAGCAGCCCACCCCCCCUAAAGUAGCAAGGCCAACCUUUGAAAAAACCUUUGGCCAACCUUUGAAAAAACCUGCUCCGAUCUCAAUCAAAUUGGGAACUACUAAGCCUAAAGAGACGGUAAUAGCACCAGAGCCAGUAAAGAAGCCUGCCCUGGCUGCUGUGUUCAAUGAGGAUGACGAUAGUGAACCGGAGGAGAUGCCCCCCGAGGCCAAGAUGAGGAUGAAGAACAUCGGCAGGGAGACGCCAACAUCCGCAGGUCCUAAUUCUUUCAACAAAGGAAAACAGGGUUUCUCUGAUCACCAGAAGCUGUGGGAGCGGAAGCUGAAGGCCCAGGGUGACCCAAAGCCAAGACCGUAGUCAUCCCAACUAAGACCCUUUCUGCAUGGUGUAAAAAUGUAAAUAACUAGCAGGACCCUUGUCAGUUGUUAAGUUUUUUUCCUUUUAUUCUCAUGAUUCAUUUCUGUUAUUGCACUAAGGGAUUAUCUCUCCAAAUGAAAUUAUCUAUGAACUUUUUUUUACAUGGAGGGACUUUUUUUCUUGCUAAAUGGGUAACCAGUUUCUCACUGUGGCUGUAUUUAACUACCACCCCUGUUCACUUACUCUCUCACGCCCUGAGAUUUGGAUGUUUUGGUGAUUUGGUAAUGCUGAUAGUGCUUGGAAAGUGGUAAUAAAAAGUAUCUGUAUCUAUGUUCAGUAAGAUGAUUGUUAAUCUUCUACCAUUGUAUUUUUAAGUAAGAAACAGGGACUUUUGAGUGUAUUGUGUGGUCUAUGUUUUCACAGGAUUUGCACUCAAGUGUUUCAUAAAGAAGAAAACUGAGUAAAAGAAGCGUAAUGUCUGUGAGGGGCAGUGUUUACUACGGUCCUGUUACGUAGCACUACAUGUACAUAUACAGAUGACUUUUCUUACAAGUUCACAUGGUACAAAGAUGGGCUGCUCAAAUGUUUUGUUAAACCUAUUCUAUACAUUGUCUGUCAGAGAACUACCACCUGCAUUGCAUUUGUCUCUAAACCUGUGUUUGAUGUUUUUAUUAUCUGUCAACUUCAGAACAGUGUAUAUGUAUAAGUUAAAAUAGAUGUAGUGUCAUUUUAGUAAAAUGAUGGUUAAUUGAA